AUGGCCGCCUUCACUUUCACCAGCUGCCCCAACACCGUCGCCUUUGGCCGGUCCGGCUACAACAAGGACGGUGACAACGAGGAAGACAAGAAGUGCUUCGGCCGCUCGGGCUACAACAAGGAUGGCGACGACGAAGAGGACAAGAAGUGCUUCGGCCGCUCGGGCUACAACAAGGACGGUGAUGACGACGACGACAAGAAGAACUUUGGCCGAUCCGGCUACAACUAA